AUGGAAGAUCUUUGGGUCGCGUUGCCAAAGCCAGCACAAACUGCCUCGUCCGAAUCGCUGCCUGAUCGCGUGAGGAGGAUCAGAGUCGAUGUCGAGGAGCUUGAAGUUUUUUACAGCAUCUCCGUCUCUCCCGGCCGUCACGAACGGCUGCGUCGCUACUUUUCAGAUGAGCUCAAGUCCCUGUUCAGCCUCGACUUUGAGGCCCUCAACCAGUCGGACAAGAUCGACUUUUUGCUUCUCCGCAACUUCCUCAGGCGCAAGAACCACCAAUUGUAUGCGCAGAAGGAGGCAAACAAGGAGAUCCAACGCCUGAUUCCCUUUGCACAGCUUAUCACAACGCUGUGCGAAGCUCGCCGAGAUGUCGACCCCCUGUCGAAUGAGCGGGUCGCCCAGCAACUCGACGACAUUGCAAGGCUGGUCAACCAGGUCAAGGAAGGCAUUGAAAACGACAGAAUCAAGAUUAGCAAGACGGCUGCCUUCAGGGCUUCCAAGGUGGUCACAGAGCUGCGAGGCCAUCUCCAAGAAUUCUUCAACUUUUACUCAUCGUACGAUCCCAUGUUCGACUGGUGGGUUACCGCGCCGUGGAAAGCAGCCGACCUUGCAAUGUCGCAAUUCAUCCCGCUCAUCCAGAAUAAGUUGGCAGGAAUGCAUCAAGGAGAGACCGGUGAUAUUAUUGGCGAGCCCCUUGGCCGAGAGGCUUUGAUGAACGAGCUGGAGGCCGAGAUGAUUCCCUACUCUCCCGAAGAGCUCAUCACGCUGGCCAAGGAACAAUUCCACUAUUGUGAAUUGCAGAUGAAGGCAGCCUCUGAGGAGCUUGGCUACGGUGAUAACUGGAAGAAGGCACUGGACUCUGUGAAGAAGCACGCUGUCCCGCCCGGCGAGCAAACAAGCUUUGUUAAGAAGCUCGUUCGUGAAGGUGCCUCCUUCGUCAAGGAGCACGAUCUAGUUACUGUCCCGCCGUUGGCAGAGGAAGUGUCUCGCAUGACGAUGAUGAGUCCCGAGAUGCAAAAGGUCGCGCCAUUCUUCCUGGGCGGACCGCUCAUCAUGGUUGCCUAUCCAACUGCUGAUAUGCCACAUGAGCUGAAGAAGAUGGUGAUGCGUGGCAACAACAGACACUUUGCCCGCGCGACCGCGUUUCACGAAAUGAUCCCAGGCCAUCGUCUCCAGCUCUUCAUGAGCGAGCGACACAACAGCCACAGGCAGCUCUUCACUACCCCGUUCAGCAUCGAGGGUUGGGCCAUGUACUGGGAGUAUGUCUUCUGGGAGCGCGGUGACUUCUUCGAGACUCCUGAAGAUCGGAUUGGCACCAUGUUCUGGAGAAUGCACCGCUGUGCCCGCAUCAUCUUCUCUCUCAAGUUCCAUCUGGGUAAAAUGUCUCCCCAAGAGUGCAUCGAUUUGUUGGUUGAAUGGGUUGGCCACGAAAGGUCCACGGCCGAAGGUGAAGUCAGAAGGUCCUUCAACGGCGACUACGGUCCACUUUACCAGGCCGGAUACAUGCUCGGUGCACUGCAGCUAUUUAAGUUGCGAAGCGAGGUUUUGGAGGGCAAUCACAUGUCUGAGAAAGAGUUCAAUGACGCGUUUCUCAAGGCCAACUUCAUGCCCAUCGAGCUGUUCCGAGCCCUAGUUCUAGAUUUGGAGCUGCAUCCGGAUUACACGCCCAACUGGAAGUUUAACGAAUAAGGGAGCACGCCCUUUGAUACCCAGACAGGGUAGUGGACGAGAAGGAAAAGUUGGCAUUCAUUUUUGGGUUUGGGUUCUCUCGCUUUGGGGAGAGCUUGUACCGUGGUCUCCAUGCAUUUGCUCUUGACUCCGUUUAGCAAGUUUUCAUACUACACACACAGCCUCAGCAAGCCGCAUAGCGAACAAUGAUCUAAUGGUUAAGUAUUUGCUUUCUUAGGUAUCUAAUGUUAUAUGAUAGAUGAAAUUUUAUGAAAGUUGAUGUCUCU